UUCAAGUUCCAAGUUCCAACACGCAGACGCCUCGUCCACGCUGGAUGCUAGGAAAUUCGAUAUAAAGUGUGCAGCAAGGCCCUGCCAGACUGACACAGUGAGCUGUUCCCUCGUGUGUUCCCUCCCUGCGCCAAAACCUUCGAUACAUACCACGUGGCACGGCACACGGCAGACAGGAUGAGCAUCCCUGAUCAUGGGCCCCUAAUGACGAGUGCCAUAUGGCCUAUAUGCGGGGUGUCUUUGCUCUUCCUAGCUGCGAGGCUAUAUGUGCGGUUCUCACGCAACCGAGCGUUCUGGUGGGACGACUGGGUGCUCAUCGCAUCAUGGGUCUGCCUUCUUGGUCAAACCUGGACGGCCCAGGCAGCCAUCGGGUAUGGCUUCGGCAAACUCCUCGAAGACAUUGACCCCCCGAGCAACACCUACCAAAUCGCCCUCUAUGUACAGGUUGGCGCCACCUUUGUCGCCUUUGCAAUCUCGCUGAGCAAGAUCUCCUUUGCCAUCACGCUCCUGCGACUCACGCUCGGAUACUGGCGAUACCUGGUGUGGUCCACGAUCAUUUCCAUGGCGCUGCUCAGCCUGCCCGCCGCCAUCCUGCCGUGGGUUCAAUGCCGUCCGUUCAAGAAGGUAUUCGACCCUUCGAUUCCGGGAGACUGCUUUGAUCCUGCGAAAAUCCUGUCCUACGCCAUUUUCGUGUCAGCCUGGAAUGCACUGAUGGAUUUCGUGCUGGCCACUCUGCCGUGGACCGUUCUCUGGAAGCUCAACAUGAACCGGACUGAGAAGAUGGGCGUCGGCGUCUGCAUGUCCCUGGGCGUCCUGGCCGGUACCGUCGCCAUCGUCAAGUCCUGCUACAUCAGCCAGAUCGCCGAAAAAGACUUCUUCUACAACGGCGUCGAGCUCAUUUGCUGGUCCGCGGCCGAGACGGCAGCCGCCAUCAUCGCCGCCUCGAUCCCCGUCCUGCGCGUAUUCAUCCGUGAAAAGACAAGCUCGGCUGGCUACUCGAACAGCCGCGGCGCAAGACGUGACACUAUCCCGCUCUCGCGUGUCGGGGGCAGCCGAGUCGAUCCGGUCCAGGAUGCGCGCAAGGUCGUCAACGAAGUCUGGGUUACGGCGCACAACAGGAGCGAUGGCGAGAGCGACAAGAGCAUACUCAGGGGGAAUGCUGGUAGUUCCGAUAGUGCUCCCGAAGGAACCAUCUUGCAGACGAAUACCUUUGUGGUAGACACGCAGAGUGACCAGGACAGCUUCCAGGGCAAGAGGGUAAGCAAUGGGUCUAAAGAUUGACACGGAGUGAUGUCGGGUUGAACACGCUUUGCAUAGAGUUGGGAUAAUUGGCUUUAGAUCUUGAUUUUUGUAUUCAGUACACACUGAGCGAUAUGAAUGAUGACUUUACUGUAUAUCUAGGACAGUGAGCCCAAGUCCUCCGCUGGUGAAACACUCCUUGUUGACCUUCGACUUGCUGUGCUGCUUGCAAGUCACACGACGCGAGACGUACAGCAUAGCCCGACUGACUGGCCUAUGGGGCUCUCGAAGGACAGAUGCGAAGCGUAACGCAGGGGCCUUGACCUGAUAGUCGUAGCCAC